AUGUCUGCCCCCAACUCCGGCCGCCAAUCCCCUCCUCCCGAAUCCCAGACCGGCGCGCAGCAGCAAUCGCCCCCGUCCCAGGGCCAGACCGGCCAGACCUACGAGACCCGCCCCGGCCAGGCCGCCCAGGAGCAGUCCGAGAACACCAAGUCGUCGCUGAGCAGCAACCCCAAGCAUCCCUUGGAGGAUAUCGAGUCUGCCAACGAGAAAUGA